CAGCGGUUCGGUUCGGUUUUAGUUCAGUGAAGUUUGGCAUUUAGUUUUCGGUGAUUUUUGUCACGUUUUUUGCUCUUGUAAGCCGUUAGUACAAGAAAAGGAGUAUCGCAAUGGAUGAUCUUACCCCAGAGCAGAUUGCAAUUCUGCAGAAGGCCUUCAACAGCUUCGACCGCGAAAAGACUGGCAGCAUCUCGUCCGACAUGGUCGCCGAAAUCCUGCGGCUCAUGGGACAGCCCUUCAACAGCAAGAUCCUCGAGGAGAUGAUUGAGGAGGUCGACGAGGAUAAAUCCGGACAGAUUGAGUUCUCUGAGUUCGUCACCCUGGCCGCUAAGUUCAUCGUUGAGGAGGAUGAGGAAGCGCUGCAGAAGGAACUGCGAGAAGCCUUCCGCCUGUACGACAAGGAAGGCAACGGCUUCAUCCCAACCUCCUGCCUGCGUGAAAUCCUUCGAGAACUGGACGAUCAGCUGUCCGAGGAAGAUCUGGACAUGAUGAUCGAGGAAAUCGACUCCGAUGGUUCGGGAACGGUUGAUUUCGACGAGUUCAUGGAAAUGAUGACCGGCUAAGCUGAGCGGCUGCUACAUGCAGCGUCUAUAUCCGUAGACAUCCUCAAUCGUUUCUUUUUUUUAAACAAACCGCGCAAAUAUUUCGAGAUUAAGUAUUCAUUCACUCAAUUACAAACAUGAC